AUUGUCCCGCUGCCAUUUGUCUAGGUCAGCCGUGCUUGUAGAAGCUCUGUCACAUUCAGCAGCACAAUGGGAUGCAAGCAGACAAAGACGCGGUCUCAAAACCAGACGUCGGCAAAGGAAGCUUUAGAGGGCAAGAUCAACUGUCCACAUGAGCUGUACUUCGCCAGAAGUCAGCCCACACCCCGGCUAUCCGGGGAGGAGAUACUGAAUCAGCUGCGAGAAGAAGGUAUCGUCCCUGACCGCCACCGCUCAGGUGGAGUUUCUUUCUCGGUUGCUGUCAAGGAUGGCGUAGCCAGCCGUCGUGGGAAACCACCCAGACGUCUGGAGCGCAUGCCUGUCAAAGGCCAGUACACCCCAGAAGAGCGCCAGAUAAUUGCCGAUGCCACUCGUUUUGACAGGUUUGUGGAGCAGGUUCAGAAGCGGGCCCUCGAUCGAGACAUCAAAAGAAAGACGGUGCUUGUUGAGAAGGAGAGACAAAACCUCAUGAAGAAGAUGAGAGCGCACCAGAAGCUGUGCGAGCGGGAAGAACGUCUAAAGAAAUUUCAGGAAGAGAAAGCUUCAAAGGAGAAAGAGAAGGAGGCCAAGGAGAAGGCAAAGGGUGCUAGGAAGAAUAAGGCCGUAAUAAAGAAUUCUCCUCUCAAGAAGUAA